CUGAACCUCGCCAUAGCAGAUACGUUGCUUGUUAGCGUCUUGCCUUUUUAUAUUGUCUACAGAUUCUUAGAAAAUAACUGGAUCUUCGGAGAAGGAAUGUGUCGCUUUGUCACGGCAGCAUUUUACUGUAACACAUACUGCUCCGUCCUGCUCAUGACAAGUAUCAGCGUGGACCGUUUCCUGGCCGUAGUCUACCCGGUGCGGUCUCUCUCCUGGCGCACAGUGACCCGAGCCUGGCUGGUGUGUGGUGUCAUCUGGGUUAUGUCAUUGGCCAGCACUGUGCCUCUUCUCAUAAUAGAACAAUCAUUCAUGAUUUAUGUUCCAGAUACAAUACUCUGUCAUGAAGUUCAGUACAAUAUGUUUUUUCUGGAUUUCUAUUUUAUUUAUUUCAUCUCUCUUAUCCCACUUUUCUUUUUCUUACCAUUACUCUUUACAACUUUCUGUUACAUUAGAAUCAUCCGCAGUCUCAGCAGAUCAAAAUUUGAUCGAACACAUAAGAGAUCACGAUCUGUCCGCCUCUCCGUGGUUGUGCUGAGUGUGUUUGUCCUUUGUUUUGGCCCCACCAAUGUCAUCUCUUUAAUCAACUAUGUAAAGUUGUAUCAGAGUUAUAGUGGCUCUCUUUAUAUUCCCUACAUCCUCUCUUCUAGUAUCAGCAGCAUCAACUGUUGUCUGGAUCCUCUUAUCUAUUACUUUGCAUCCUCCGAUUGUCAGAGACACGUCUACAGCUUGCUGCGCUAUAAGAAAGAUUAUCACCCUCCAGUACAAAGUCUACCCUUAAACACAAGGAGCAGCAACCAGAGAGGACCAGAGGAGACCUAA